AUAAAUUUGCAGAAAGAAGACGAGGCUAGCAAUAAGCCACAACUUAUCUGGUAGUUGUGGGUCCCAGUGAGUGUCUUCCUCUCUGGUAUGUAUGUACCAAUACCAGUAGUCCAGUCCAGUUCAGCAAGCAGAAGCAGAACCCAUAAAACCCGAUUCUUUUUAACAUUUUACCCACUAACAAUUCAAGCGGGCGUUAAAAUCAUGAACAUAUCAUACUUUUCUUCAUAAUUCUAUUUCAAUUUCAAUUUCAAUUUCAAUGGCAGUUAUAUCACUCUCUCUUCUUCCACCACCACCAUCUUCAACUCAUUCAUGCUUCUGUGCUGGAGGAAUUCAUCUCCGUUCCCACAACAAUUUCCUUUCCAUUCAUUCUUCUCCUUUUCCUUCCACUUUCUCCAAUUCUAAUACUAAAUUCUCUUCUGGUACUAGACCAAAACGCUUUCACACUGUUUUCGCCGCUUCUUCUGAUUAUUAUUCUACUCUCGGUGUUCCCAAAUCCGCCACCGGUAAAGAAAUCAAAGCCGCUUAUCGAAGGUUAGCUCGUCAGUAUCAUCCUGAUGUGAACAAGGAACCUGGGGCAACUGACAAGUUUAAAGAGAUUAGUAAUGCCUAUGAGGUGCUAUCAGAUGACAAAAAGAGGGCUUUGUAUGAUCAAUAUGGUGAGGCAGGAGUUAAGAGUUCAGUCGGAGGAGGGUCAAGUGCCUAUGCGACAAAUCCAUUUGAUUUAUUUGAGACAUUUUUUGGGCCAAAUAUGGGCGGCUUUUCUACCAUGGAUCCAUCUGGAUUUGGCACACGGCGUCGUAGUACUGUUACUAAGGGUGAAGACAUCCGGUAUGAUUUCUCCUUGGAGUUUUCUGAGGCAAUUUUUGGAACAGAGAAAGAAUUUGAGCUUUUCCAUUUAGAAACAUGUGAUGCCUGUACUGGUACUGGUGCAAAGUUAGGCUCCAAGAUGAGAGUAUGUUCCACUUGUGGUGGCAGGGGUCAGGUGAUGAGGACCGAACAAACUCCUUUUGGGUUGUUCUCACAGGUUUCAGUAUGUCCAAAUUGUGGAGGUGACGGGGAAGUCAUAUCUGAAAGUUGCCGUAAAUGCAGCGGGGAAGGACGCAUACGGGUUAAGAAAAAUAUUAAAGUUAAAGUUCCUCCUGGGGUUAGUGCAGGCAGUAUUUUACGAGUCACUGGAGAAGGUGAUGCUGGACCAAGAGGGGGUCCUCCAGGAGAUCUUUAUGUAUAUCUUAAUGUGCUUGAGAUACCAGGAAUUCAAAGAGAUGAUGUUAAUCUCCGCUCGACAAUAUCAAUCAGUUAUCUAGAAGCUAUACUGGGGUCUGUAGUGAAGGUAAAGACGGUUGAAGGCACUUCUGAACUACAAAUCCCUGCUGGUACCCAACCUGGAGAUGUCCUCGUCCUUGCAAGGAAGGGUGUACCGAAAUUAAACAGACCGUCAAUACGUGGUGACCACUUAUUUACUGUUAAAGUUACAAUACCAAAACGUAUCAGUUCAAAGGAGCGUGAGGUGCUUGAAGAACUUGCUUCUCUAGGCAACCCAAGCAGUCAUUCAAAAUCCCGUCCUAGGACCCAACCUUCCGCCGGAAGUAAGGAAAGUCCUGCAGUUCAAAUGGCCGAAAGUCCAACAGCAACAGUCACAGAAGAACCAGAGAAAUCAGAAGACGAAGAUGACUUAUGGAAUAAACUAAAAAACGUGGCUGGGUCUGUAGCAAAUGGAGCUCUAAAGUGGUUUAAAGACAAUCUCUAGUUCAAUGGAAUUAUUAGGUGGUCAAGAUUCUCCAGAAUAUAGUUUACCUGAUUAGGGCUAGUGUUGUAAUGAUUCGAACAGCUGCUGGCCGAAUGGGGAGAGACUAUACUUUUUCUUCAAAUGCUAUAACUGAAAAUUGUUUGAGCAACGCAGCAAAAUGAAACAAACGAUGCGUGUAUUCUUUUAUUUGUUGCACUUGUAAAUUUUGGCACGGGGCAGUUUAUACAGAAUAACUUGUUGAAGAAUAUUUUGGCCCCCCUUGAAGAGGUUGCACUAGAGAAAAUUAGAUUAUAUUUCAUAGGAAGUCUAAGCUCCAUUUCAGUGAAUCACCUAAAAUUAGAAGUUAUUGCUAAAAAUCCUUAUGCAUAAGUGAAGUUUACUUUCAUA